AUGCUAGAACACUACUGUCCUUGGGACACUUAUCACAUUGAAGUACCCGAAAGACUAUCCACUAUUCUGGAUGUCGUUCAGGAGCCUGAGUUGUCAAAAAACAUCGAGUUUCUGCAGCUGCGUUCUGCUACCGAGGAAGAAAUAGAGAUGGUCCAUACGAAAGAAUAUAUUUCUGAUAUCAAGAAAACUAAAGAGAUGUCUACGUAUGAACAAGAAGAAUUUUGCUCGAAUUAUGAAGAUAUCUACGUAAAUAAGCAUACCUUCGAGGCUGCUUUAUUAGCAGCUGGGUGUACAUUCCAAUUAAUGGAUGCAGUCUGUCGAACUGGUACUCCAGGGUUUGCAGCUGUGCGACCACCCGGUCACCAUGCUUUUCCAGAUCGAGGUUGUGGUUUUUGUAUUUUUAACAAUGUUGUGCUUGCUGCUAAAUAUGUAAGUUGA